ACACCACAGAAUCAGAGUAACAUCUUAAAGAUGUCAGUCUUCAAACUGGAAGAACUUCAGCAGCACUGAACAGUCAAUUUCCAUUCAUACCAUUUCAUACAAGACUGCUUCCUGAUGCUCAUUCAACGGCCAAGGUAAUGCCAGUGUCAUACGUGGGGCAUUAGAGGCCUAAUGGUUAGAGGGUCAGAAUUUUAACCAAAAGGUCACAAGUUUAAUUCCCAGCACCUGAUGGAAAUGUUGGUUGGGGGUGGGGCAAAUAAACAGUGUCCCUUGAUUUAUUGAAAAUGGUUUCUAGAUUAAUUCUGAUUUAUUUGUCAAUUUAACCUGACUCAAAUUUCAAGUGACUAUUAGAUAUAAAUCACAAUAGUAGCCAUAGAAGCUGGUCAUACAGUUUGUUGUGUUUAAUUUAGAUAACAUUUUUAUUUAUUUUAUUUAUUUAUUAUUUAAAAAAACUUUUGCUGGGGCCAGAGGUGACAUGAAAGUCGGGGUAGAAAAGGCAAAAACCAUAUCAGGGGCACAACCAACAUCUGUAGGACAGAAUUUCCCCCAAAUUUAAGAUUUUUGGCCUGUUCUAGUGAUAUGGGUCAGAGAUCAGAUUUCCAACUGCACCAAGACUGUGAAAAAAAUACCAAACAAGAAAGGGUUAAGUAUCAGGCCCUAGAGCUGUUUGUUGUGUUUUCUUUCCGCAUGUGCUCUCUGAUCUAGUUUCUGUCAGGUAUAUCUUUUAUAAUUAAACAAUGAACAAUUGAAUACAGUGUUUUACGAUUACUUGUGUCCAUUCUUCUAUUGACAUCCAUUUAAAAACUGCAGUGUUAGCAUUAGCUGUUACGUUUUAUUUUGGCUAGAGGUCGGAGGCUUGGCUUUCAGUGUCUUUAAACCUGCUUUACAGACUCUCAGACACAUCUGUUUUACACAGAGAUGAUAGAGUCUCUUUUCUAUUCAUGACAUUAAUACUGCAGCUGAACCGCUCAGUUACCUAAUUACCCACUUUCUAUUUGUACUGUCAGUUUGCUUCUGAUCCUUCAUCUGGUGUUAUUGAGAGACCCAGUUCAUUCGAACCACAGAAAUAAAGCCUGAGCCUGAGCUUGCUAAGGAGCUAGAGCUAGCAGAUCACAUCGAUCCCACAAUCCUGGCUAGUGUAAGUUUGUUCAUAUAAUUGUCCAUAUGCAAAACUUUCUAAUUGACUGAGAAAUGGAGGCAACGCUUCCCAACCUGCCCACCCAUGUGUUUGUUGUCACUGAUUCCACUCAGCUCAGAUUCAUUGCCACUAGCAGUCCCAUCCAGCACAAAGUGUUCUUCAUCGCACCAGUAAUGUCCAUCAAUGAGUCUUCUUUCUCACUCAGUCUUCCAUUCCUGUUUGUUCAGCCUCUGCCAUAAAUCCCUGAUGCACCUUGGGGCUUCCAGUCCCCAAGCUCUGCCUUGGUUUGAGGAAUCCCAGGGUCUGCCUCGUCCGUUGUGCUUUCAGUUCCAUCUCAAUGCAUCCACCAAUUAGCUUCCUAAUCACAGGACCAUUGUCUUGUCUGUUCCUCUGGGCUCCCUCAUCCCUCAGAACUCUUUGCAUUGCAUCACUCAGUCAAGAUUACCCACAGGAUGUCACUCUCACAAAUAAAAACAUAGCGCCAUCAACCGUGGUGAAGAUAACUACAAUCACAUACCUACAUAACUGCAUAAAAAGAUUUCUACGUUGCUGUGAAAAUCCCAAAUGCGAUGGAAAGCCAAAUGCUGACAUGCCUGCGUUCAGAGCACCAUCCAGAGAAUGACAAGCCUGUUACUGAUCCUGCAUUAAUUUGUUAUUGCUAAUUUGCCAUGCUAAUAAAAUACAGCUACAACUACAACCAAUUUUAAUUGUCUCAGUACUAUGGUAUGGUGGAAAUCCUCACAGAUAGAUUAUGUAUUGUUAUUCAAGUCUGUGCUAAUGAUAGCUGUCCCCUACUAAGCAAGCCAGAGGCAACAGUGGCAAGGAACCAAAACCCCAUCUGUACAGAAUGGAGAAAAAAACCUUCUGAGAAACCAGGCUCAGUUGGGGGCCAGAUCUUCUCUGACCAGACGACCAGCAUUUAAUUUUCAGUUCAAUUUUAAAUGCAGCAAUGUCAGAUUUUGUAAAGGACUUAUUGUGUGUCAAUGCCAUCUCUUGGUGCUGAUCCACAACCUGAUCUAAAUGUAGAAAGAGGACUGGAAUUGUUGGGAGAGACAGCAAUGGAAUUUUUUAACUAGUUAGUAAAUAGCUAGUAAACAGGAGUUUAAGUAUUAGGGGUCAACAGUCCAGAGUAAUGGAGAGUGUGGGGAAAAAAGUAAAGAAGUGAGUGCAGGCAGGUUGAAAAUGGGUGGAGAAAAGUGUUGGGAGUUCUAUGUGAUAGGAAAAUAUCACAGGUUGAGCAGGAUUAGGAACAAGUACAUCAGAGGGACAUCUCAUGUUGGGCGUUUUUGGACAUGGAGCUGCCAGGCAGGAGGCAAAGAGAAGGUAUAUGGAUGUAGUGAAUGAGGAUAUGAAGCUAGUGGGUGCAAGUAUUGAUGCUGACUUGCACCUCUGUACUGAGACACAGAUGAUACACUGAACAUCUGUAUUUGGUGUGUAAGAGCAUCCGCAGAAAGGGACAUUAAUUAAAUUUGACAUGAAUGAUAAUCAGUAAAACUUAGAUGUUGGAGACUCUCUUUCUCCUCGUGACAUUACCACCACAGCUCAACUUUUUAUGCGUAUCAGUGAAAUUACUUUUCAAUAAUUCUGUAGCUCUGGCCCCUCUUCAGUGUUUUUAUUCCUCUGUGUUUCAGUGACACAAAUGUGUGUUUGUUUCAUUUUACCAUGAAAUUCAUCUUUAUUUGUUACCCCGGACCACAAAACCAUAAAAAUAAUAUUUCGCAAUAUCACUGCUUUUGCUGUAUUUUGGAUCAAAUAAAUGCAGGCUUAACUUCCUUUUUAAAACUGCGCUUUAGUAUUUUGCAAUUUAACUCAUAAGAUAAUGAAAUUUAAAUCACUAAAUACUACUAUCAUUUACAUCAAAUAUUAUAUAAAUAAUUCUAUUUAAUAAACAACAACUAUCAUAAAAGCUAGUAUCAUAAUUCAGUCAGAAGUAUAACGUUUUUACAGAGGGCCGGAAUUCAUCUGAAAAUGUAAGGUCAGCAUAAUCUUGUUCAUCUUCAGGGCUUCCUCUGAUUAAUCAACCUUUGAUGCAGAAUCCUGUCGAGAGAGGAUUCAACCAGAUAGACAUCACAGUUCUGGCGUGCUUCAGAGCGUUUUCAGGCAUUUUAAGCCCGAUUAAGAAAAUGUCCCUCAUAUUAGCGUUGUUCUGUUUGUGGCGUCUGGUUGGUGAGUUUAAAGUGUGUUUUUAUGGCUUCUGUCGUGGUAUCAUGUAAUAAAUUACUGGAUAAUUAGUCAGAGAGGAGUAAUGUUUAUCAUCACUAUUAUUCUACUUUGAGAUCACACUUAAAUUCAACUCUUUGUUUGAUAAUUAGGGUUUGACUCAAAUAUAAAAGUUGUUGUUCAAUUAAAACUGUGAUCAGUGACAAAACUCUGCUCUUCAGGAGUAUUUGCCGUUAAAGGACACACAUCAGAGUCAGUGAUAGAAGGAGAAUCUGUCACCUUCAACUCUCCUUUUGCUCAAAUAAAGCAGUUUGAUUGGAUUCUGUGGCAAUUUGAGAAAUGCUUGAUAGUCGAUACCAAUGUAACGGCCAGCAGCAUGACUGUGUAUGACGAUGUUCUUGAUGGGAGAUUCAGAGACCGAGUGAAGCUGGACAAUCAAAGCGGAUCUCUAACCAUCACAAACAUCACAACUGAACACGCUGGAGAGUACGUGGUGUCAACCAGCCAGCCGAGGAUGAUAACAUUCGAUCUCAUUGUCUACGAAGCAGGGAAGUCGGUGUCGGUGACGGAGGGAGAUUCGGUCGUUCUAGAAUCUGGUGUUACUGAAAUAAGUGAAAAUGGCAUACUGUGGGAGAUCGAAAAAGAAAGGUCUUUAAAAUCUGGGCUCAUCGUCGCAUAUAAAGGUAAUUUGAGGAUAUCGAGAGACAGACUGAAGAUGGACAAUCAAACAGGAACUCUGACCAUCACAAACAUCACAACCGAACAGGCUGGACUUUAUAUAUUACAGUUAACAAAACAGGCAAAAGCGUUCAGAGUUUCUGUCUAUGCUCGUCUGCCGGUUCCUGACAUCAGCAGUAACUCUUCAAAUUGUUCAUCAUCGCCGUAUUGUUCAUUGUUGUGUUCAGUGGUGAAUGUGAGGCACGCGACUCUCUCCUGGUACAGAGAAAACAGUUUACUGUCCAGAAUCACUGCAUCUGAUCUCAGCAUCAGUCUCUCUCUACAUCUGGAGGUGGAACAUCAGGAUAAAAACAGCUACAGCUGUGUGAUCAACAAUCCCAUCAGAAACCAGACUCAACAUCUGGACAUCAGCAGACUCUGUCGCACAUGUUCAGGCGCUGAACACUGUUGUGGUGCUACUGAAGCUGUGAUCCGAUUGGUCCUCUCUGCUCUGGUGGGCGUGGCUACCGUCAUUCUUCUGGUUUAUGACAUCAUAUCCAGAAGAGCUGAACAGGAUCGAGCACAUAUUCACACAUCAGGCGACUCAUUUCCUCCCUAGAAGAUGAUUUGGGAACAAACCUUAGCAAAGUGUUUCAUGAAAAAUAUUUACUAUUACCAAAUAUUGCUCUGCUAAUGCUUGAUUAUAUAGUGCAAUAGCAUGCUU